UGGGAACGCGAGCCUCCCGGUGACGUUUGUCUUUGCUGGACGUGGCAACUCAUCCCCCGCACGGCAGCGCCCCAGAACACCCCCAAGCCGCAUAACAUCCUCUUCCUUCCAACUCACGCCAAGAGGUGCACACCUCAUCCCCCAGCAACUCCUUCGCUAACCCCACCGCAAACCCGCCCCUCCACCCUCGGAGUCUCUUGUAGAAUACACGCGCAAGAAUGAGUUGGCAUGGACUGAAGAAGGCCGUGAGUCGCGCCACUACGUCGGUGAUGCAAUCGACCGGUGCGAUAGAUAAAACGAUUGACCGGGAGUUUGAGGAGGAAGAGAAGCGAUUCAAAUCACUCGAAAACAAAUCCGAAAAUCUCCACCGCGAAGCAAAAGGAUACCUAGACGCCGUCCGAGGCAUGACACUAGCACAACAACGCAUCGCAGAAACAAUCACAGGCUUCUACGAGGAAGGCUCACCGCUGGGGUACGCAGGCGCACAGUACAAGCUUGCGGUGACGAAACUGGAUGAGGAGGCCCGGACCGAGUUGGACACGACCUACCGCGUAGCAGUCCUUGACCCGCUAGGCCGCCUCUCGGCCGUAUUCCCCGAUUUCAACGAAGCGCGCAAGAUCCGCGCCAAGAAACUGCUUGAUUACGAUCGUGUCAGAAGCAAUGUGCGGAAAUUGAUCGAGAAGCCGAGCGAUGACCCGCAGAGAUUGCCUCGCGCCGAAGCAGAAUCCGCCGCCUCCCGCGACAUCUACGAACACUACAACACGCUCCUCGUAACCGAAAUACCCCGCCUCAUAGAUCUCCGCGUCCCAUACCUCGACCCCUGCUUCGAAGCACUCGUAAAGUCACAAGCGAGGUUCAAUGCGAGUGCGUUUGCGAAGCUGGAUGCGAUUAGGACGGCGUUUCCGCCUGGGGAGGGACGCGGGCUGGAUGGGCAGGUGGAGGGGGUGUUGGGGCAGAUGAGGGAGUUGACUAUAUGUGCGAGUCAUUGAGGACACUCGAUUGCACUCUUUUCCCAGUGUGCCUUUCGAACGCAUAACACCUUUUUUUUUGGAGUUUGUAUCAAAAUACUUUCAUAUAGCACGUUAAUCCCGCUGGUUUUAGUGGCGGGGAGGGUGUCGAAUUUCAAGUGCGGGAGCGCCGUCACAACAAGACGGGAAGCGCGUUGGCAGCAACCUCGUCUCCUUUUUUUGUCUCCUGAACG